AUGGAUCGACAACCUCCUGCUCUACCUCCAAAGAAUCUAAAAAAGUACGGGUCUUUGGCACUGGUGACAGGUCCCACUGAUGGCAUUGGAAAGGCUUUUGCCUUUGAAUUGGCUCGAAAAGUGCUAAGCUUGAUAGUGGUUCCAUUAUACGUGGCAACAAAACUUGCAUCAAUCAAGAAAAAUUCUUUCUUUGUUCCAUCGUCAACUGGUUAUGCACAGGCUGCGUUGUGGUGGAUAGGCUCUGAACCGUGUUGCACACCAUACUGGCCCCAUUCCCUUAUCUGGGGUAUGGUUUACUCAUUGCCUGUGUUUGCUGUCGAUGCAUGGCGCCUAAAAUUCUGCCUCGGAAUUAGAAAGAGGAGACAACUAAAAGAUUCGAGGAAGAAAGAAUAGAAUGUAUUCUGUUACUUUCAUUUGAUUAGCAGUUUUCAGCUUGCAUAACCAGCUAGCUCUAAGCAGUUUGGCUGGUAGAUCAGAUAAUUUUCAGCUUGCAAAAUCUAC